UUGUCAAUUAAAAACUUAUUAAUUUUAUAUUAAAAUGAUUUACGGAGGAAAACCUAUGAAACCCGUUCCACCGUCUAAAGUAGGUGUUUCUAUACCUACGCCGUUUCGAGGACCUGAAGCAUAUACGUACGGGUUUUUAGCUAAACAACCGGGGUGUGAUUACAAAAUUAGACUUCGUGACAUAGAACGAUUCCGUACAGAAAGGUUAAAAAUACAAAACGAAAAUGAUUUUAAAAGUAUACUUAGAGAAGCUCAGCAUAAAGAAAUGAUUGACGCGUCUGAUAAAAAAUGUCUAUACAAUCAAAUAAAAAGAAUGGUUGAAUGUGGAAUGAAAGCUAACGAACAUUUAUUUAAAGAAGAACCAUGUCCAAAGCCGGAAUUAAAAUUAGAACAAGAACCAGGAAACCCGAAAAUUGCCCAAGAAGAUUUAGAAGAAAAGGCAAGAGCACUCAAAGAAAAAAGUGACGAAGAAGAGCGUAAAUUAGUGGAAGCAAAACGUCUACAAAUGUUCAUAGAAAACUCUGAAGAAUUGAGAUUUGCUGCAAUAACUAAACGUAAAAACGAUAUAGCUAAUAUAAACUAUAAAAUUAUUGAAGAAAAUAACAGAUUCAUUAAAGAACAAAAAAUUAAACAGAGAGAACUAGCUAAUAUUGAAAAUGCAGAAAUAUUUAAAAAGCAGACUCUUGAAAGAGAAGAGGAAAGACGUAAACUUUUAGAGAAAAAACUUAAGUUUCGAAAGGAAUUAUAUGAACAAGUUCAACAGAAAGAAAAAUUACUAGAACAACAAAAAGUUUUAAAAGCGAUUGAAUGCGAUGAAAUUAAGAAAUUGAAUGAAAAGUUGAACGAAGAAGAAGAAUUUGAAAAAUUAGAACGUAAAAGAAAACAAUUGCAAACAAAAAAUGAAAUAGCAUUAUUCACCAAAGAAAGAGCGAUUUUGUUUGCAAAAAUGAACGAAGCGAAAACAAUGUUUGAUGAAACAUUUAAGCUCACAAUGAGACAAAAUUUAAAGGAUGACUCAGCCAGCGAAAUUGAAGCAAAGCUUCAAUUAAAACGCGAAAACGAAAUGUUUAAAGAACAUCAAGCAAUUAUUAAAGCAGAACGCAAAAGGCAAAAUGAUGAAAUAUCAAAAACAAUUAUGAAACAAAUAAAUGAAAUUGAGGAACUUAAACUAUCUAUCGAACGUGAAAGUGCUGAAGCACGGCGAAAGCGUAUGAAGGAGGGCAAUAAUGUUUUAAUGGAUCAACUAAAAGCGCGUAAGGCACUUUUAGAAGAACAAAAAAAAUUAAAACGUGAAAUGUUUAAUCAAGCGAAAAAAGAAUACGAAGACUAUUUGAAAGAGGAGAAACUUCAGUGGGAAAAUAAAAAAAUAUACAAAUGGCAGUUUAGAAAAGACCUAAACGACCAAAUUAAGGCCAGUAAAGAAAUAAUCGAAAAACAGAGACAAAUCGAUUUGGAAAAUCAUCGGAAAUUCAUGAUGGAAUUAGCCGCACAAGAAAAACUACUAAAAAAACUAUUAUCUGAACUAUGAACAUUCAAGUAAUAUCACUUUUUCAUAAACGCCUGUUCAUAAUGUUUAUUGAACUCAGAUUUUUAUAGUUGUAACAUAUCAUGAUGAACCUAUUUAG